AUGGAAAUCGACUCAGAGAAAUGCUUCAGGAUUGAAAGAUCACAAUCCUCCUAUACUUCUAUGGAUGAACGAUUUCAGAUUGACAAAGAGGCAUAUAAAGGGCAACAGUACAGCCAAAUCUACUUUGCCAGGCUCCACCUUAUGAGAACCCUUCUUUAUUCUAUGCUCCCCAAUUUGAAACCCAAUGUUCCCGUCUGCACUGUUCUGGGAUUGGAGGAAGGCAAACAAUGCAUCAUUGUUGGAACUUUGUACAAACACAUGAAACUUAAACCUUCUGUACUUGAGGAAUACUCGAAGGAGAGGGCGGCCGCUCCAUUGGCAAAACCUCAUAAUUUUAUGCAUCCGGAUGAUUAUUUAGUUUUGGAAGACGAGAGUGGCCGUGUUAAACUUCGUGGAGAUGCUCUUUUACCUUCUCUAUAUGUUACAGGUAUCGUGAUUGGAUUGCUUGGGAAAGAAACUGGUGCAGGAGACUUCUGGGUGGAAGAAGUCAUUGAGGCAGGCCUACCAGAACAAAUAGAGCGACCAUUGAAAUUAGGGGAAGACAAAUAUGUUGUACUAGUUUCAGGCUUGGAUAUCGGUAAAAGCUCUUCUAACCCUCUGCUGUUCCAGCUUUUGGUUGAUCACAUCACUGGUCAUCUAGGAGAUGAAAAGGAACAAAAUUUUGCUGCUAAAAUUGUUCAAGUGGUUGUUGCUGGAAAUUGUGUUGAAUUGCCCCGUGGGUUGCUUAAUGGUCAGAAUUUAGGUUCUACAGACCAAUCUAGGUUGUCAAAUCCAAUCGAAGAGCUGGAUAUGAUGUUGACUCAGAUUGCUGCAGGUGUGCCAUUGGACAUUAUGCCAGGGCCGCAUGAUCCUGCAAAUUUCGCAUUGCCGCAACAGCCAUUGCAUAGAUGUCUUUUCCCGGGUUCUUCGGCUUACAACACUUUCCGGUCUUGUGCUAAUCCUCAUUGGUUCAAGCUUGACGAAGUGAGUUUACUUGGAACAUCAGGUCAAAACAUUGAUGAUCUCGAGAAGUAUACAGAUGCAAAGGAUAAACUUGAUUUUCUGGAGAGGACGUUAAGAUGGAGACAUCUUGCCCCUACAGCUCCAAACACGCUUGGGUGCUAUCCUUUCACUGACCGGGAUCCUUUUCUCAUUGAGACUUGUCCCCAUGUUUACUUCAUUGGUAAUCAGGAGAAAUACGAGACUCGCUUAAUAAAUGGAGCUGAGGGACAAGUAGUGAGACUUAUUUGCAUCCCAAAAUUUAGUGAAACUGGAGUUGCUGUUAUGACGUCCCCAAGGUUUCUGGGUUGCCCUGAAAUCCACGUGGGAUUUGAGGCGAUGCUUUCUCUGUACGGUGCUGACAGUAGAAGCCUGCCAUGUGAAGUCCAACGCGAGAGUUCCUUCAGUGAGAAGUCUUAG